AAUAAAAAAAUAAAAUCCGUCCCUCCUCCUGUCCUUUACCUUUCUCGUAGCAGUGACGUCUGAUUAGGAUGUGGCUCAGCGGAGAGCCGUUGCAUUAUUAACUCCACACAACCACCAAGAGGGAUCGAGGUAUUCCUCAGUCGCGUAUGCUCUCGGUUUGUGUGGCACAACGUGGGCGGCGCGUCGAGGAGCCCGAUCCAGCGGCUCCGCGCAUGCAGGACUCACACGCCGAGUGCGAAGCGUGGGGACGUGACGGUUUAACCUGCGUAAAGAGGAAAAAGCGUGCAUUCAUUUUUUUUUGGUCCGGUGCCAGCCGUGAAGGACACGGCGGUGUCCGUGUAAUGGUGCGCGUCUCUCCAAGGUGGAUUCGGUUUCCAGUUAGGUAACACAAACGGUUCUGCUUUUUCACGAGAAACCGAGCCGCACGGAAAAGGACGAGGAUCAGCUGAUCACCUGAAGAGACAGCUCUGCUCCCGGACUCCUCGUGAAAUCAUCUUAAUGGAUCAUUAAAUCAUCCGUGGAGACCUGAUUAUUUCUGGUUUCUCUCCCCCAACCCCGGCUGCACGCGCCUUUUAGUUUUCUUCUCUGUUGACAGAAGUGACAUUUCAAACAUCUUUUCUAUUUUUUUCUUUUUUUUUUUUGUUAGUUUGUUUUUCUGGUGCAUUAUCAGCAAAUUGUGCGACUUUUUUUUCUUUUUGUGCACAUUUUAGAAGUCAAAAGUUGAGUGGAGAAAAAAAAAAUGUUUUGUCAGGUCACAAGAAGACAUUUCAGGACACGCGUGAACAUUAUGUGAAAAAUAAAGGUGUGGAAAUGCGUCGCAAAUACUUCUGUCUGCUUGAGGCGUGUGCCAUCCUCAGCCUCCUGCCCUCAGGCUCUUUGGCAGAUCUGACAUGUGAAGCUCUUCUCAUGCUUUCAGGAAAUGUCUCCCUACAGUCGCUGGCCUCCUCCUGGAACCAAACCCUGAGCAACGCCACCGGCCAGUGGAGCGGCUCGGGACUCUCCUGCGACACCUCCAUCGAUGGCAUCGGCACCUGCUGGCCUAGGAGCGGCGCGGGCCAAAUGGUGUCGCGACCCUGUCCCGAGAUGUUCUACGGUGUCAGAUACAACACCACCAAUAACGUUUAUAGGAAAUGUCUCGCCAACGGGACGUGGGCGCUGAAGGGGAACUACUCCAUGUGUAAGGCCAUACUUCACGAGGAGAAAAAAGGCAAGAUGCACUACCAAAUAGCUGUGAUCAUAAACUUCCUGGGUCACUGCAUCUCCAUGGUGGCCCUGCUGGUAGCCUUCUUCCUCUUCUUGUGUUUGAGGAGCAUCCGCUGCCUGAGAAACAUCAUCCACUGGAACCUGAUCACCGCCUUUAUCCUGAGGAACGCCACCUGGUUUAUCGUCCAGAUGACCAUGAGUCCAGAAGUGCACGAAAGCAACGUGGUUUGGUGCCGUCUCGUCACCGCCUCCUUCAACUAUUUCCACUCCACCAACUUCUUCUGGAUGUUUGGCGAGGGCUGCUACCUGCACACCGCCAUCGUCCUCACCUACUCCACCGACAAGCUGCGCAAGUGGAUGUUCAUCUGCAUCGGCUGGUGUAUUCCAUUCCCUAUAAUUGUGGCAUGGGCGAUUGGGAAGCUGUACUACGACAAUGAGAAGUGCUGGUUUGGGAAGCGAGCUGGCGUUUACACGGACUACAUCUACCAAGGUCCCAUGAUUCUUGUCUUAGUGAUUAAUUUCAUUUUCCUCUUCAACAUCGUGAGGAUCCUGAUGACCAAACUGCGAGCCUCCACCACAUCAGAGACAAUCCAGUACAGGAAAGCUGUGAAGGCCACACUGGUACUUCUUCCUCUCCUGGGAAUCACCUACAUGCUGUUCUUCGUCAACCCGGGGGAAGAUGAGAUCUCCCAAAUCGUCUUCAUAUAUUUCAACUCUUUCUUGGAGUCUUUCCAGGGCUUCUUUGUGUCGGUGUUUUACUGCUUCCUAAACAGCGAGGUGCGGUCAGCUGUGAGGAAGCGGUUCCACCGCUGGCAGGAGCAGCACUCCAUCCGAGCCCGGAUGACCCAGGCCAUGUCCAUCCCCACUUCACCUUCACGGGUCAGCUUUCACAGCAUCAAGCAGUCCACAUCGAUAUGAGAGCGGAGGCCAGCGUCGUCCUGGAUACAAGCUUUGGGCUGUCGUCAUCGUUUUCUGCCACAUCACUGAAGUACACUGAAACACUUUGUGAGCUGGGGCAAAAAAAGCUGCAGAGAAAGUUACGGAGAGAGGGAGACAGAGAGAGAGAGACAGAGAGAGACAGAGAGAGAGAGACAGAGAGAGAGAGAGAGAGAGAGAGAGAGGCUGCAUCAGCCUCCCAAACCUCAGGAGGGACAUUAUAUACAGACUUGAAAAUGGAUAAGGACGGAGAUAAAGGACACUGCAGGCUUUAGGAAACGAGAGGUUAGUGGAUCAAAAGAUGCACGUGACCAAGCUGAGUUUGACAUUGAAUCUGGGUGUGAUGUACAGCACUCCAUGCUCUUUAAUGUUUGCCUGCCAUAGAAAUCCUCUGUUGUAUUCCUGCUUGCACACUUUUUGUUUUUGUCUUUUUUGCUAUCUUUACGUCAGCGAGAACUCCGAGCUCGUGUCGCUGGACUGCACUGAACCGAACCCGGAUUCCAACCCCAGUGGACACUGAACUCAAACGCAGCGACUUUUAAUUCAUGGAAAUGAUUUUAUUUUCAGCUUUUUCAUUGUUGAAUUGUCUGGUUAUAGUGUUUGUUGAUUUGGUGUUGUGCUUCCUUCCUCUGUUCACAGCCAGCUUGGUGCAGUUGUGGUACUUUUCAUCAACUUUCCAGAAAGUUUAAAACACAUUCCAUAACUUUCUACCUGAAGAGUUUUGAUCCAAAAUAUUACGUGUACCAUGAAUAGAUGUCAAAAGUCAAGCACGUAAGUGGGUAAGCAGUGAAGUUUGAAGUCAGAUGAGUAGAUCGAUACCACCGUCAGCCGUUUGAGCCAGAGCCAGGAGGCAAUUAGCCUAGCUUAGCAUAAAUACUGGAUGCAUCUUCAAGGUCCAAAAAACAGUGGUGGAAUGUUUUUUAUUUAAGUUAGGGCUGUCCCGAAUACCAUUUUUUGCGUUGCGAAGCUUCAGUGCUAAUCAACAGUGAAUAUUCGAAGCUUGGGUGGUGGCGGCCAUGGUGGGGGGGGGGGGACUGAUCAGGACAGAGCGCACGUUCAGCGAUACCGUGAUUCGCCGCAGGGUUGUGCAGCCGUGGUAGUGUUACUGAAAUUGCCCAUUUGUGUGACGUCCUGUUGUGCAGCACUGUAAAAAUACUAUGUUACAAGUAAAAGUCCCGCAUGGAAAUUUGACUUUGUUAGUUUGCAAGUAUCAUCAGGAAAAUGUACUUAAAGUAUUAAAAGUAAAAGUACUCAAUGUAGAAAAAAUCAUGUACAAUCUUAAUGUGUAAAGUAACUAGUA